ACGCGAUGAAACCAAUUCUUCCUCAAAUCUUGUCUCUUUGCACUGCUGUACUUACUUUUUCUUCCAAGGCCCAUCCCACACAACAAGAAUUACUCACCAGCGAUGAUCUAAUGGCAGAUGAGCGAGUCCCUGGCGAUAACGAUGCCAUCUACGAUGCCGUGCCUAAGAACGACCAAAUAUUCGAAAUCGAGUUCCUCGAGAUUGCCCCGACUCCUAUCACUGCCGACCGUGUCUUCUUUGUCUACCUUCGCGGUGAUAUACCCGAAUCCAAGAAGAAGGAGUUGGCAUUACCCGACGAAGGCCUCAUCAAUGCAACCCUUAAAGUGAGCGCCUCUGCUGUCUACCCAGAUGGUAGUAUCGACAACGAAGACUCUGCCACAGGACCACUAAGGACUACACCCUUUGAUGAUCUGGCCCAUCUUACGAUUCGCAAUACCUCUGGAGUUCAGGUUGACUAUAUGGCCAGCAGCGGCCGCAGUGAUAUUUUACUCGAUUUCCAGUUCCUUACAAUGUUUUUGAGGAGUGGUAUGUGGACUUUCAAGGUCGAUGCGCGAGCUGGAGAUCAAGAUAAUACGUGCCUGUUUGCUAUGAAGUUGACACAGUGGUUAGAGGGAAGGCUGCAUUAG